AUGCCUUCCCUGUCGCUCCUUUUCGGGUUUGGCUUUACUCUUUCUUCGCUCGCUUCUGCCACCAAGUACACUGCUCAAGACACCUACGCAGGAUCUUCCUUCUUCGACUCCUUCAACUUCGUCACUGAAGAGAAGACCAACGGCUUUGUCAAAUAUGUCGAUCGCUCAAGGGCUGAGUCCCAGGGCUACAUCAACUACAAAGAUGGUGAUGCUAUCUUUGGCGUUGACUACAAGUCCAAACUAGAUAGCUCCUCUGGCAAAGACGUCGGCCGCGAGAGUGUUCGCCUGGAGGGCAAGAAGGAGUACAACAAGGGUCUCUUCGUCCUUGACGUCAAGCACAUGCCGGGUGGCAUCUGCGGUACCUGGCCUGCCUUCUGGUCUCUCGGACGCGAGCCAUGGCCCGUCAAGGGCGAGAUCGACAUCAUCGAGGGUGUCAACAUGAACUCAGUCAACAAGUUCGUGCUUCACACCGACACCCAAUGCAAGACCGAUGGCAAAGGGCAAACUGGUGCGCAGUCCCUCUACAACUGCGCUCUCGACAGUCCCUCAGGUGCUUCUGGCUGCGAUGUCAAUGACGUCAACACCAGUACCUACGGCGCUGGCUUCAACGCCAAUGUGGGGGGUUAUUAUGUGACUGAGUGGCAAGCCGAUGGCAUCAGGAUGUGGUUCUUCCCCCGCGGCAGCGCUCCUAAGAGCCUCCAGACCGGCGAGCCCGACACGUCCGAGUUUGGCACCCCCAAUGCCAACUUCCAGGGCGACUGCGACAUCGAGAAGCGCUUCAUGGACCAGCGCUUCAUCUUCACCAACACCUUCUGCGGUGACUGGGCGGGAAACGUCUACGCCAACUCGGGUUGCCCCAUGUACUCGGGUCUCAGCGGCAUGGACUCUUGCAAGAAGUAUGUCGCAGAGAACCCGGCGGUGUUCAAGGAUGCGUACUGGCGCAUCAGCUCGUUCAAGACAUACAACAAGCGCAUGCUCUCGAGCUCUUCGUCGGUCGCUCCUAGCAGCACGCAUGCUUCGAGCAGUUCUGUGCGCGUCUCAAGCUCUACCCCCGUCUCCAGCUCUGUGCACAUCUCUAGCUCUUCGGUUUAUGCCUCUUCUUCAGUCCAGGCUUCUUCCUCUUCAGUUCAGGCUUCUUCGUCUUCAGCUCAUGUCUCUUCUUCGGUAGCGCACAUCAGCUCUGCUCUAUCCAGCUCUGUUAUUUACUCUUCUGCGACACCCACGCCUCACGUAUCGAGCUCCAUCUACGACCCCGCGUCAACUCCUGCUGCGUCGUCAUCGUACCCCCACAGUAUCCCGAGCAGUGUCGCGUCUUCCACGACUCCCCCCGACUACGUUAGCAGCUCUUCGGAAGCUCAUGGCUUUUCGUCUAUCUACAGUCCAUCCAUAUCCUAUGACUACACUUCCUCUUCAGCCAUCAUCUCAUCUGUAACCGAGACACCUUACUCGCACGGCAUUUCGUCCUCAAUCUACAGCGCGUUUGCCUCAGAGACUCCUUACCCGAACGACAGCCCCAGCAUAAACCCUUCGGCAAGUUCUUCCUACGCGGUCUCCUCCGACGUCUCCAGCAUCUACCCAUCCGAGACCCCUUACAGCAGCUCGUCGGUUGUCUAUUCCUCAGAGACGCCAUACGAUAGCUCCAUUUACCCAUCUGGAACUUCUUCAAGCUCUGCCUACCCCGAUGUCACUUCCUACCCAGUCGACAAGUCCAGCAGCAGUACCCCUGUCUCCCCCAACCCGUCUUCCGCUCCUAUCUACUCUGCUUACCCAGAGGAUGAUGGUUACGAAUACGGUAGCAUCUCUUCAAAGACUCUCCAUGCUUCAUCCAAGGCUUCUGAGUAUCCUAUCAUGUCCACAACUGGAGCCUCUUCCAUGCCAUCUGGCUACCCGGCCUUUUCCUCCAAGUACCCCGAGGCAUCUUCGAAGGUUCCUGAUCACGACAACGAGUACCCAGCCACUUCUUCCAAGGCUUCUGACUAUGGUACUUACCCGGCUGUUUCUGCAAAGGUUACUGAGCACAGCAAAUACCCGGUAGCUUCCUCGAGUGCUCCAGUAUAUGGCGACGACCACCCAUCAUACCCGAUUUCAAGUCCAAUCCCGGUGUACGAGAGCUACCCGGUCUCGACUCCUGGUGUGAAGUCUACGCCCGCCUACGCUGACUACCCUGAACUCCCGAGCUUCACGCCGCUCUACAGCACCUACCCUGCCGUAUCGAGCAAGCCAUCCUACGACGACCAGCAGUCUUCCGACUCUUACAAGACCACUACCGCCUACGAGACAACCUACGUCGAUAUCUGCCCCACCGGAUACACAACCAUCACCACCAAGGUCACUGCAAUCCAGACCCCAGCCCCUUACCCAACAACCGACGCUCACUACGCGCCUCCCGGCUUCGAGGUCAUGACCAAGUACUGCGCCCAGGGCUGCGGCGAGGGACCCAAGACUGUCACUGUUACCGUUCCCUGCUCGAAGUGCCAGGCCUCAAUGCCUGUAUAUGGAAAGCCCACCGACAAAGUCUCAUCCGUCUACUCCAAGUCCACCGACGUCCCCAGCAAGCCCACCGGGAACGCCCCGUACACACCCGCUCAGCCCAUCAAGCCUUCAACCCCAGAGGACUCCACGACCAAGAUUACGGCAACCGAGAUCGUCACUCUAACCAAGAUCCCCGUCCCUGAGAGCCAGUACUACGCCACCCACCCCAGCAUCGCGUCCGCAUCCGCAAUCUCGAUCAAGUACCCCGACUCCGACUUAGGCAAGAGCUCUACAAACAGUAGGCCCGUCGUCCCCACUGGCUACGCUGGCAGCGACAAGCCCUACCCCACCGCUUCAGCUCCGUCGUCUAAGCCCGUGUACCCGACCGUCGCUGGCCACGCAGGUGGCAACAUAACGAUGAGCUACGGAACUGGAGCAAGCGCUGCAGGCAAGCCCACACAGACCGGCUACGAAGCCUCCGAGUUCACUGGCGCGGCGAGCGGAGUGCAGGUCGGCGGCGUCGUCGCGGGCGCUGUUGCUGUGUUUGCCGCCAUGAUGAUGUAG